GGCCGGUUUUCAAAAGCGGCGCCAAAUCCAGACUUGAACGCAUUCAUCGUCUCGCAGAUUCAAGCUCAAGCUUCUUCUUCACUCUUCCUCCGCGUCGCCUCCUUCCAGUGAAAUGGAUCAAUGCGAAGCUGAGUUACUGUCCAUUGCACUCGCGCCGCCUCGCUUUGUCGAGAUUCUGUUAUCGUAGUCAUCGAUAAUUUGCUUCUAAGAAUUUGGCUGAGGUUACGUUUACUCUAACUUGAAUUUUUGCCUGGCUUUCGUCCUCUCUCUGUUUUUGCUUUUCUUUAAUGGCCACUGUUAGUGCAGCCACGGAAGGUGUCACCACUAGCGCCGCUACUGAGGAGGAAGUUCAUCAUGGUCCGUAUCUUGUCGAGCAACUUCAGAAUUGUGGUAUCAGUAGUCUCGAUUUGAAGAAGCUGAAGGAUGCGGGGUUUUGCACCGUCGAGUCUGUUGCAUAUUCCGCGAAGAAAGAUCUUGUGCUUAUUAAGGGGCUCAGUGAUGCGAAGGUGGAUAAAAUCAUUGAGGCAGCUACGAAGCUCGUUCCUAUGGGCUUCACUAGUGCCAAGCAGAUGCACGAGCAGCGGGCGGAGCUCAUUCAAAUUACCACAGGUGCAAAGGAGUUUGACAACAUUCUCGAGGGCGGAAUUGAGACUGGUUCCAUUACAGAAAUUUAUGGAGAGUUUCGUUCGGGUAAGAGCCAGAUCUGUCACACGCUCUGCGUCACUUGUCAGCUGCCAUUAGACCAGGGUGGAGGUGAGGGGAAGGCUUUGUACAUUGACGCAGAGGGCACUUUCAGGCCUCAACGAUUGCUUCAAAUUGCAGAGAAGUAUGGCUUGAAUGGACAGGAUGUGCUCGACAACGUGGCAUAUGCUCGAGCUUACAACACUGAUCAUCAGAUGAAGCUGCUAGUGGAAGCUGCGUCUAUGAUGGCUGAGACUAGGUUUGCCCUGAUGGUGGUGGACAGUUCGACAGCGUUGUAUAGGACGGAUUACUCAGGGAGAGGGGAGCUUGCAGCCCGACAAGUCCACCUUGCCAAAUUCCUUCGGGGCUGUCAGAAGAUAGCAGAUGAGUUCGGCAUAGCAGUUGUAAUAACAAAUCAAGUGGUAGCUCAAGUUGACGGGUCGGCUAUGUUUAAUGGUCCCCAGCAUAAACCCAUUGGCGGUAACAUCAUUGCGCACGCAUCUACGACAAGGUUGUCCGUGCGGAAAGGUCGUGGUGAGGAGCGUGUAAUUAAGGUGGUUGCGUCUCCAUGCUUAGCAGAGCAGGAGGCUCGCUUUCAGAUUACAAAUGAGGGCGUCGUUGACGUCAAAGAGUAAGAAGUAGUGACAUGCGUUCAACACGAAGUAUACUUUUUCUUUUCACGGGUGUCACUCACAAACGACAACUGACGCUUCGCAGCAAUUGUGUUAGCGACCCUUAUCGCUGGGUACACACCCCUCUGGCACCCUUGACAAUGCCACUAUUUUAUUCGAAGUGUCUGUUAUUUGGCAUCACCUUCAGUUUAAUUGCGUGUCGGAUGUAGGACAAACAGAUUGCCGACCAGUUGUCUGUUCUUGGUCAAGUCUGCAGCACAAUUCAGGAGUCUGAUGCCACAAUACCGCCCAGGAAACCUACUAGAGCUGUAACCUUGUCGAAGCGGUGGGAUGCAGCUCGAAUGACUGCAGAAUCUGGUGUAAUUAUGCGACUUCUUUAACUUAAUUUAAAACUAUUACUAUGCCUUCUGUUGUUUU